AUGAGCGACACUCAAAGUCCACGUCCCUUGGAACGGUCCGUGCUCAUUCUAUAUGGCUCCGAAACGGGUAAUGCACAGGAGGUGGCCGAGGAAUUGGGCGCUUUGACCGAGCGGCUCCGUUUUGCGACUCAUGUAUCUGAGUUGAAUCAAUGCAAGCCGGAAUCUCUUUCCUCAUACACACUCACCAUAUUUGUUGCCUCGACUACUGGACAAGGCGAUUUUCCGGCCAAUGCACGGUCUUUUUGGAAGUCGCUCUUGUUGAAGAAGUUACCUGCUACCUUUUUGAAUGGCAUAAAUUUCACUUGCUUUGGGCUGGGAGAUAGCUCGUAUCCCAAAUUCAAUUGGGCGAUACGCAAGCUCUAUAAACGACUAUUACAGCUUGGUGCAAAUGAGAUCUAUCCCACGGGCGAAGCAGACCAGCAACAUCCGGAAGGACUUGAGGGAACCUUCCUACCAUGGAUGACAGAUUUUCGAAAGAAUUUGCUGGAUAGACAUCCUCUUCCUGCUGGACAGCACCCGAUUCCAGACGAUGUGCAGCUCCCACCAAAGUGGAAAUUGCAAUUAGUGGAAGAUAAUGAUUCCGUCCCAAUACCCCAAGCUGCCGCCGCCAAUGAACAUGAAGCUUCUGCGGAUGAAUAUCCGGGACUACGCCAUUUGGAUCAUGACUCCCGACCCAUCCCACAUACACUAUGUGCGACAUUGACUGAAAAUCGGCGCGUGACUCCACAAAAGCAUUGGCAGGAUGUGCGCCAUAUCACCCUAACCGUCCCUGACUUUGUUUCUUACGUUCCCGGAGACAUGAUCGCCAUCACACCGAAAAGCUCUGCGAUUGAUGUCCAAACCCUUAUUGACUUGAUGGGUUGGAACGACCAGGCAGAUCGACCAAUCUGUCUCGUUCCAACAGGAGAUAUUCCAUCACCGCCACCCAUUCUUGGCCUCGACUCAUAUCCCAACCUAACUCUCCGUGCCCUCCUCGUAGACUAUCUCGACAUCAAAGGGAUACCCCGUCGAUCCUUCUUCUCCACAAUCGCACAUUACACCCACGAUGAAAUGCACAAAGAACGGUUACUAGAAUUUACAAAUCCCGAAUAUCUUGACGAGCUAUGGGAUUACACUACACGCCCACGGCGUAGUAUACUUGAAAUUCUGCAUGAGUUCGAUACUGUCAAAAUUCCAUGGCAACACGCACUAUCUGUUAUCCCGGCCAUGCGCUCCCGCCAGUUUAGCAUUGCCAGUGGCGGAAAACGCAAGCAGACUGCUGAUGGCAGUACACAAUUCGAAUUACUCAUUGCCAUUGUCAAAUACCAGACAGUGAUCAAGAGAAUCCGCGAGGGAGUCUGUACCAAAUAUCUCUCCAUCCUCCGGCCAGGUAGCACCCUCCAAAUCCAGCUGCAGCCCGGCGGCCUCAAAUCUUCAGUCCAGCAACUGACCGCAGCAACCGUGCUAAUUGGACCGGGCACUGGAAUUGCACCCCUUCGCUCUAUGCUUUGGGAGAAAGCGGCACUUGUGCAGGCUUACCGCGAGCAAAACCCUGGUGUCAAUCCACCAAUCGGCCCUACCAUUCUCCUGUAUGGAGGCCGAAACCGAGAAUCCGACUUCUUCUUCGAGAAAGAGUGGACGGAGCUCGGCAAGCUCAUCCCGCUACAGGUACUUACUGCUUUUUCGCGUGAUCAGCAACGCAAGGUCUACGUGCAAGAUACCGUGCGCGAGAACUUCCCGCUCUUUUUCCGUGUGCUGCAUGAUAUGCAGGGGUCGGUUUAUAUUUGUGGUUCCUCGGGUCGCAUGCCCCAAGCUGUGCGCGAGGCGCUUAUCGAAGCCUUCCAGCAUGGAGGAGCUCCUUCACCGGGGCAGCCUUUCACCCGUUCUCAGGCAGAGGGGUAUCUCGUUGGCAUGGAACAAAUCGGCCGCUACAAGCAAGAAACUUGGUAA